AUGGCUCUCAAGCCGACGGCCUCUACUGCCAGUUUUUCUCAUGGACCUAAGCUCUCAGUGUUAUCAGUUGUGCAUCAACCCAGCUCACUUUCUUUCUUCGUGCCUUCUCCAGUCAGCCACCCGAGCUCUUCUUGUUUACUCAGUGCCAAUUCACUUGCCCUCGACCUUGCAACCACCGGCUCGUCAAAUAGUGCCCGAGAUUCUACAUCCAAUCCACCAGCAUUCUGUCCCUCGAGCGACGCUACCUUCUCCUCCACCCUCAGUCUGGCUGUUUCUGGCAGUCCUGGGGACCUCGGAACCACAGUUGGGACGUUCGGCAGCUCUCGUUCCUUGUGGCAUGGUGAACCAGGGUACUUGACUACAGUAGGACUUCCUAGUCUAGUCCUCGCUUCCGAUCCUGGAGUCUACGAACUUCUAUUCAAUCUGGCUGAAAUGGAACUGCAAGAGCUGGCUGGCUGGUCGGGUCUUCAUUCGCCUAGCAUCUUUCAGCAUCGUACCAAUGGUAAUAACUCAAAUAAUUUCGAUACUCGAUCGGAUACUCUUUCAACUAAUUCAGGAGAUGAUCAAAUCGUGUUCGGCCGAGUGGGUAGGUCAUCAGGUGACACGACGAAGCCCGGCUUUUUUACCUCUCCUUCUCCGUUGAGUCUUCUUCAUUCUGUCCGCCUGCUUCUCGCCUGCUUACCCACCUAUCAGCCAGCUCCCGGCUCUCUGGGUCCCCCUGGUGGCCCGAGUGGUUUGCUGGGUAGCGUUAUCAAUGCGUUCAGCUGGGAUAAGAAUACCUCUCGUACUUCUGCAGAAGCAUUAUGCUCUCCGGACAGAUUGGUGGCGGCAACGCCAUUCCGCACACUCUACUAUUUACAGGCAAAUUAA